CUUGUUACGAAUCAUUUUAGAUUGGACCCUUGUUUUCCCCUGAGUAGUUUGCUUACACGGCACGAGUUUUCUGCCAACCGUAAUGGAUAAUCAAUCGACUGAUAGCUUCUGGCAGGAGUCGAGCGGUACACAACCAGGCUACGGUGGCUUUCCCGACAAAUCUCAAGUUCUCGACUUUCAAACGUUUGACCAAAGCACGACCUUCUACACACCCGGCAUGUACCAGCCUGGACAGUAUAUGCAACCGUACCCGCUACACACAAUCAACAGUACGCUGCCGUACGAACAAUCAGUACCGGGGCAGAGCGCCCACAUUGGUGAGUCCGAGUUCGACGAAGCACCGCUAUUGGAUGAGCUGGAAAUCUACCCACAACGCAUUCUCCAAAAAUCUCUCGCUGUGCUGAAUCCUUUCCAUGCGACGAGCUUCAAAGAUACGACAGACUAUUUGUUCAAGGAAAGUGAUUUAGCCGGUCCAAUUUUGCUCUUGCUGGUAUUAGCCGCAUGCUUAUCAAUAUCAAACAGCAAAGCUCAAUUCGGUUACAUCUACGGUCUGUCGGCGAUUUCGGUCGUAGUUAUGUACUGUUUGAUAUACUUAAUGGGCCACUUGGUGGAAUCGUUCGUCAGCAUUUCUGGCAUUGCCAGCGUGCUCGGCUACAGUAUGCUGCCUAUAGUUUGCCUGUCCAUCGUGUCCGUUAUGAUUCCAUUGAACAAUUUCUACGGUGUGGUGAUUACCGGUGCCGCAAUUGCUUUGGCGAGCAUGAACUCUAGCAAGAUGUUCUGCCUGAUGACAGGCGAUCCCCAUCAGCGUUACUUAUUGGCGUAUCCCUGCGCUCUGUUGUAUGCCAUUUUCUCCCUUUUAGUACUAUUUUAAGCCGCUUACUCGGUAGAUACUCCCACAGACGAAUAAUCCCUGAUCCUGCUAACGACGUGUUUUGUCAACCUAUUGAAGGAUGUUUUUAAAGUAUAGUAUGCAAAAUUGUAUGGAAUAAAUAAAGAAAUGUCA